GAAAGUCAUUUGUGAGCUGAGAUGCAUAGGGAUUUCACUUUGGAUUGACUAAUGGAUUAUGCAUUUUUUGCCUUUUCUUUUUUCAUUGUAUUUUCAGUGAAUAUAUUAGACCAAUUCUAUUGGCCCUCUCAGUUCUAUUUUUCAUUUAGCAUUAAUUGCAAAUACGGUACAAGGAAUUUUUCAUGUAUGAGGUUCAAGUGGUGGAGCUAUUGUUUCUCUUUUCUGUUUUUGACACUCUAACAUUGCAUAUCUUAGUGGCCCUUCAACUUAGUUGCAUUUCUGCUUUUGAGCAUUUGUAUCUUUCAUUUCAUAUGAACAUGCUUGUUUUGGUAAAAAAAAAUUUGUGAAUGUUUAGACAUAUACCUGCCCCUCUCAUAUUAGUUAAGCUUUUAAUUUGUCUCAUUCUUGGUUGACGAAUACUUAAUUCUUACUUUUUGCACUUUCUAUUUAUAACUUUGGCCACUGUAUUAUGACUUAGAAACACUUAGUUAGCUUUGAUUUCUAUCUUUUGCAUGGUUGUUGAAGUAAGUACAUCUGUGAUGCUGAAAGUUUUCUUAAUGUUUUCUAGGAUGACAUUGUUCUUAAUUCUUUGUGCAGGCAUGCACUUAGACUCUGAUCUAGUGAUGUUAAGCUUGAAGGAAAUUGGAAAACUCAAGGCUGCCUCCAAGAGAAAAGGCAAAAUACUUGGUGUGCAAGCAAUCUCUCACGAGAGACUCUUACUUUUGUUUGCAUUUUGCAAGAGGGCGCUUUUGGAAAAAUGCUCUAGUUGGAUUUGGUUUGACAACUUACACAAUGCUUGGAUUAGGAGUGGUGUGUAGAUGUGACUGGAGCUUACAGUGCUCUAAAGACGGAGCUUAACAUAAGCUUGAAAGCAAUAGGACUUUUGUGGACUACAACUGGCUUUAUUGCAAAGAGGAUUACACAUGGACCUGUGGAAGAUAGGGA